AUGUCUGACCCUGGAGAUGACGCUGACUCGCGAACGGCCUCGUUCGGCGUCCAGCGCGCUCGCAGAACCACUCCCUCCCGAACCAGGCCCGACAGCGACUCCCAUCCCACGAAAAAGCGGCGACGGAACAGAUCCCGCAAAGACAGCGAUGUGAGCGACUUCGUCCCUAAGGGGGCUGCCUUCAGCGCCAACUUGUUGGCAGUCGAUCCCGAUGAUACAUCUAGCUCUGGAUCAGACUCAGACUCAGACAAUGACUCGGACAAAUCUGAUGUGCAAGGCAAGCCCGCGCCCGCGCCCGCCAACCCCCAUGCGGGCAGCACGGCGCCGGCGAUUAGCUGGAACCAGGGGACAAAGGCUGCGGUGCGAACGUCGCUGGGGAAGCGCAAAGCCGAGCCUCAGGCCCAGCCACAGCCACAGCCACAGCCGCAGACAAACGGACACACCGCGAAUGGAACCUCCGCAAAGCAGUUCAAAGCCGUAAACGGCGCAUACUGGCGCAGUCGCAGUGCUUCUGUAUCGUCCGAGGCGAGCAAGGCAGACUCGGUGAAAGAUUCCGAGGUCAAUACCAACUCUGAAGAAGGCGAGGUGAACUCGGGAAGUGAUUCGGAUGAUUCUGAGCUGGACUCCGAAGCCGACGAUUCCCUCAUGCUCAACAUUGGCACCAAGGGAGAUGGCACAGAUGAUUAUGAUCCAGAGUCUCUACUCUUAGAAAACAGCCUGUCCAACGGUCACGCCAAUGGAAAACCUAAUGGGAGCACUGCAGCGCCUCUUCCGGGCUCUGAACCAGUGCAGACCGAGUCUAAAGAAGAGGCGUUCAAGCGCUUUUCUGAGAAAUAUCCCACUGCACCUGUUUCUCUGCUAGACUUGAAGCAAGAUGACAUGGAUGUUCAGGCUAAGUUGGUGUACUGGGAUCGAGACGUCAAUGCCAUCGAUCUCCAGCUCCCGGUGGGCUGCACCGAGUGUCUUCGCCAGGGCCAUAUGGCUGAAGUGUGCCCAACCAAGGAGUGCAUCCAUUGCGGAGCAUGGGAUACGCACCAAAGCACACAAUGUCCCUCAUGGCGAAGAUGCCAACGCUGCCGCGAACGAGGCCACGUCGAAGACAACUGCCCAUCGCCCCUGAAAAGCUCGGCCGCUGAAGUCCCCUGUGAUCUGUGUGGUGCCUCAACACACAUGGAGUCUGAUUGCGACCUGCAAUACAACCUCCCAAUGCGGGAACCCCUCUCCCAAAACAUUGUAGUCUCCAUCUCCUGUGCCCACUGCACAAGCGGGAAACACCUCAUUGGCGACUGCCCACAUCUUCCCCCCGACCUCCAACAAAAAACUGCGUCCUUCACCCUCAAAGACAUCGAUCCAGCCAAUAUCACAAACCUCAACGACCCCGUCCGAUCCCGAAAGGGCCCCCCUCCGCCGACGAGUUACCAGCGCGGCAAGGGACGUCCUCGUGGGCCUCGGACGCCGCCAUCCAAUAGUGAGGACGACAUGAUGCCCCGCAAAGGUGGCCGGAAGCCGCCCCCUCCGGCACGAGGCAGAGGUCGCGGGACUAUCAAGUUUGGCAGCAGCGUGGUGGCUGAUAAGCCACGAGGCCGGCCACCGUCUGGCCCCCGCCCGAAAGGCCCACCACCGCGAGGCGGCGGAGGUGGAGGUGGAGGUCGGGGUCGUGGCCGUGGCCGCGGUGGGAAGCCCCGUGGAGGGCGGCCAUGA